GCCCAAUAUUUGGGUGCACCUGUGCCGACCCAGAGCUGACCCGACCAAUAAUGGGCUCGGAAAACCCAAAUCAGUGGGCCAAUCUUAUAUACGGCCCAAGAUCCAUCUUCAGAGAGUACGCUUUUAAACGUUAUGCUCUCUGUUUCUGAUUUCUGAAUCCUCCAAAUUCCAUGCUUAAUUCAAUUGCAUUCUCUGUAAAUAUAUACAUAUAUAUAUAUUGAUAUUAUUUUCGCUUCCAUUUCCGUUGUAACUUAUGAACGCAAUAUUUUCUUUCAUGAAAAAGCUUUCAAGAAUCAAAGGACCCAAAUAUACCAUUUCUUGUCCUCUCAGCCAAAGUUUCAGUACCGCUAGCAAACAAUUUGAAAACGCACAACUCCUCAAUGCCCCGCGCCACAAUGACCAAGAACCAGCAAAGAUAGUAGCAACCCAGUUGUCCAAUUCAACUGACUUACCAGAAUUGAAUCAAAUUUAUGCCCGUGUUAUCCGGACCCGCAUGCUUGAAUUUUACCCUGCCCCAUUCCAUUGGAACAACAUUAUAAGGUCGUACACAAGGCUAGAGGCCCCUAGAAAGGCACUGUUUGUCUAUGUUUAUAUGUCAAGAGCUGGUGUUUUGCCUGAUUCUUACACCCUUCCUAUUGUACUAAAAGCCGUUUGUCAAUAUUUUGCCAUUGAGAUUGGUAAGCAGCUUCAUUCGGUUGCUGUGAAGCUUGGACUUCAGUCCCACGAAUAUUGCGAAAGUGGGUUUAUUAACAUUUACUGUAAAGCGGGAGAAUUUGAAAAUGCAAGUAAGGUGUUUGAUCAGAACCCUGAGAGAAAGUUGGGUUCUUGGAAUGCCAUCAUCGGAGGUCUUUCUCAAGCCGGACGUGCCAGAGAAGCAAUGAACAUGUUUUUAGAACUGAGGACGUGUGGUUUCUUGCCGGACGAUUUGACCAUGGUUAGCAUAACAUCUGCUUGUGGAAGUCUAGGAGACCUGGAUUUGGCUCUUCAGCUCCAUAAAUGUGUGUACCAGGCUAAAACCAUUGGAAAAGAGGAUCUUUUGAUGCUGAAUUCGCUUAUAGAUAUGUAUGGAAAAUGUGGUAGAAUGGACUUAGCGUACAGGGUGUUUUUGAGGAUGGAGCAUAGAAAUGUGUCAUCUUGGACAUCCAUGAUUGUGGGUUAUGCAACGCAUGGGUACAUAAAUGAAGCAUUUGAGUGCUUCCGGUGUAUGAUAGAUGGAGGAGUGAGACCAAACCAUGUGACUUUCAUUGGGGUACUCAGCGCAUGUGUGCAUGCUGGGAUGGUGCAAGAGGGAAAGAAUUACUUCGAGAUGAUGCAAAACUUUUAUGGUAUAACACCUCGCUUGCAGCAUUAUGGAUGCAUGGUGGAUCUUCUUGGCAAAGCAGGGUUGCUUCAGGAGGCAAGACAAAUGGUGGAGGACAUGCCAGUGGAGGCAAAUUCAAUAAUCUGGGGGUCCUUGAUGGGUGCAUGCGAGAAAUAUGCGAAUAUAAGGAUGGGGGAGUGGGUGGCUAAGCAUUUGCAAGAAUUGGAACCUUGGAAUGAUGGAGUUUAUGUGAUUUUGUCUAAUAUCUAUUCCUCUAGAGGUUUAUGGAGAGAGGCUGAAAGAGUACGGUUGAUUAUGAAGCAGAAGAGAUUCUCUAAGAUUCCAGGUUAUAGCUUAGCAACAAGUACCAAUUGAAAGAAAAAUUUGAGUUGAAAAGAGAUACAGUUUGUUGAGCGGAAUCGGCUUCAUAGUUAUGGCUGCAAACUCUUCAAUGCUAUCCAAGAAACUAAAGGCCAUAGCACGUUCAGAGCUUUGUCUUUGAUAGUUUAAUUUAUUAAGUUUGCUAAGAAAAGGAUCAGGUAGAUCCUAAGUGAACUCGCAAAAAAAUCAAGAGGCGAACACUAGCCACUUGCAAGUGUCCAAAGUAGUUUCUCUUAAUUUGAAGUGAGUGUGCCGAGGAAACAUUUCUCAUUUCUUUCCGAAGCAAAUGGAAAUGUCCUAGAGUAGGCAAAAUAAACUAUGAAAUAUUCUCUUUUGAUCC